AAAAAAUAAGAAUGGGCAAUACGGACUCCAAACUGAAUUUUAGGAAAGCCGUCAUACAGCUUACAACCAAAACACAGCCUGUGGAGGCCACAGACGAUGCUUUCUGGGACCAGUUCUGGGCAGAUACAGCCACAACAGUACAGGAUGUUUUUGCCCUUGUGCCAGCAGCGGAAAUACGUGCAGUACGAGAGGAGUCCCCUUCCAAUCUUGCAACCCUCUGUUACAAGGCUGUGGAGAAGCUGGUCCAGGGAGCAGAAUCUGGCUGUCCCUCUGAAAGGGAGAAGCAGAUUGUCUUGAACUGCACCCGUAUGCUCACCCGUAUCCUGCCCUACAUCUUUGAGGACCAGGACUGGAGAGGGUUCUUCUGGUCCACUGUACCAGGAGCUGGAAGAGCAGGGAUGGAUGAGAUGGAUGAUGAUGACGAUGGAGCACGACCGCUUGCAGAGUCUCUACUGCUGGCUAUAGCAGAUCUACUCUUUUGCCCUGACUUCACCGUGCAGAGUCACAAGAGAGGAGGCCCAGACUCUGUGGAGGACAUGCAGACUUUAGAUAGCUGUGAGUACAUCUGGGAGGCUGGGGUGGGCUUUGCCCAGUCCCCCCCACUCAACUACAUCCAUGACCUCAACAGAACUGAGCUUUUGAGGCUGCUUUUAACGUGUUUCUCUGAGGCUAUGUACCUGCCUCCAUCCUCUGAUAACACGAUCCUCAACCCAUGGGUGACCUUCUUUUGCUCCACAGAGAACAGGCAUGCCCUACCCCUGUUUACUUCACUGCUUAAUGUAGUGUGUGCAUAUGACCCUGUGGGGUACGGUAUCCCCUACAACCACCUGCUCUUCUCCGACUACCGGGAGCAGCUGGUGGAGCAGGCUGUGCAAAUCCUCAUAGUCACCCUGGAGCAUGAGGGUGGCCCACCCCAUCGCGCUCCAUCUCCUGCCAGCAUUGACGAACAGGAUUCUGCUGGCCCAGAUAACCUGUUUGUGAACUACCUGUCUAGAAUCCACAGGGAAGAGGAUUAUGACUUUGUGCUUAAAGGCCUUGCUCGGCUACUGACAAACCCUCUUACUCAAACAUACCUGCCCAACUCCACCAAAAAGAUCCAAUUCCACCAAGAACUGCUCGUACUCUUUUGGAAACUCUGUGACUUUAACAAAAAAUUCCUGUUCUUUGUGCUGAAGAGCAGUGAUGUGUUGGACAUUUUGGUGCCUAUCCUCUACUACCUGAAUGACGCCAGGGCAGAUCAGUCCCGCGUGGGCCUCAUGCAUAUUGGUGUCUUCAUCCUGCUGCUGCUGAGUGGGGAGAGAAACUUUGGCGUGCGUUUAAAUAAGCCCUACUCCAUACAUGUCCCCAUGGAUAUCCCAGUGUUCACAGGCACCCACGCUGACCUGCUCAUCAUAGUUUUCCACAAAAUUAUCACUAGUGGACACCAACGUUUACAGCCACUCUACGACUGCCUGCUCACCAUUGUAGUGAAUGUGUCUCCUUACCUGAAGAGUCUGUCCAUGGUGGCAGCUAAUAAACUCCUGCACCUUCUGGAGGCCUUCUCCACAAACUGGUUCCUCUUCUCUGCCUCCCAGAACCACCAUCUUGUCUUCUUCCUGCUGGAGACCUUCAACAAUAUCAUUCAGUACCAGUUUGAUGGCAACUGCAACCUGGUGUAUGCCAUCAUUCGCAAACGCAAUGUGUUUCACCAGCUUGCCAACCUGCCCACAGACCACACGUCCAUACAAAAGGCUCUACAAAGAAAGAAGAAGUCACCGGAUGCCAUCUCUCGCACCAGCUCUCAGGAGACUGUUUCUAUGGAAGGUUCUCGGCCAGCCUUGCCUGCAGAACCAGGCACACUCAAGGCCAGCUUAGUGGCCAUGCCAGGAAUUGACAAACUGACAGAAAAAUCCCAGGUGUCAGAGGACGGGACAAUGGUUACCGUACCACAGACAGACUCACCACUUACUCCUGUGUUAGAACACAGUAGUAUGGGAGGAGCAAGCGAUACAGAGUCCAACUCUGGGAGAGAUAAUGAGGAUGUGUUCUACACGGAGGCAGAGAUGGAGAGAAGGCGUCUGUCCAGCACAUCAUCUGUGACAUACUGGAACCCCACACCAGAAUGGGUUCUCUCUUGGAAGAGCAAACUCCCUCUGCAGACCAUAAUGCGCCUCCUACAGGUGCUGGUCCCACAGGUUGAGAAGAUCUGCAUUGACAAGGGACUGACAGAUGAAUCAGAGAUACUCAAGUUCCUGCAGCAUGGCACACUAGUGGGUUUGCUGCCUGUGCCACACCCAAUCCUCAUCAGAAAGUACCAGGCCAAUGCAGGCACUGCCAUGUGGUUCCGCACGUAUAUGUGGGGAGUGGUCUAUCUGCGAAAUGUGGACCCUCCAAUCUGGUAUGAUACGGAUGUGCGUCUGUUCGAGAUCCAGAGGAUGUAG